UCCAUACCCUGAUUCUCUUCCAACAAUUCCAUUACGCCUCUCCGUUCGUUAAAAAUCGACACAAAAGGAGGAGAGGAUUUUUUGAGGCAAAAAUCAAUGGCAACUGAAGCACCGAUAGAGGCGACGGAGGUUCCGCCGGCGUCAGCGACGGAGACGGUGGCGAAGCAGCCACAUAAGCUAGAGAGGAGAUGGACAUUCUGGUUCGAUAAUCAAUCUAAGCCGAAACAAGGAGCCGCUUGGGGAAGUUCUCUUCGAAAAGCUUAUACUUUCGAAACUGUUGAGGAAUUCUGGAGUUUAUAUGAUCAGAUAUUCAAGCCCAGCAAGUUGACUGCUAAUGCGGACUUUCAUUUGUUCAAAGCUGGGAUUGAGCCCAAAUGGGAAGAUCCUGAGUGUGCUAGUGGUGGCAAGUGGACUGUUACGAGCAGCAGAAAGGCUAAUCUUGAGACUAUGUGGCUUGAAACUCUGAUGGCAUUGGUCGGUGAGCAGUUUGAUGAGUCAGAGGAGAUAUGUGGAGUGGUUGCCAGUGUACGUCGGAGUCAGGAUAAACUUUCCUUAUGGACUAAGACUGCCUCCAAUGAAGCAAUUCAGAUGAGCAUUGGUAGGAAGUGGAAGGAGAUCAUCGAUGCUGAAAAAAUAUCCUAUAGUUUCCAUGAUGACUCUAAAAGGGAAAGGUCAGCUAAGAGCCGAUAUACUGUGUGAAUUCCUUUAUCGUGUGGGAUUGACACCGGUCCCUAGGUUUCCAAUACUGAAAAUUGUACGAUUAGCACAGUUUUGCGCUUGUCUGCUGCAAAAUUUUUAUUUUCUUUUUAAAUUUAUUCGUACUUGAUAUGGAUCUUUGGAUGUAUUGUGUUAAAGAUUUUGUUUGGUUCUUUGUUACUUAUCUGGAGUCUGCCCCAUGUAUUAAUUUACCGAUGAGAGUUUUGCAGUUU